AUGGAGUCCUGCACCUUGCUUUAUGACACGGAGAGCGAGAGCGACGACGAAGAAGUACGGGAGCCACUGGAGCCGCAGCCAGUGAGCUCACCCUCACUGCUCGAGCGUGCCCAGCACGUGGUUUCUGCCAAGAAGGAGGGCAGACCAUCUGAUGACUACCAGCGGGCCAUUAACUUCUCUGCGGUUAACUUUGCGAAAGCGCAAGAAUUGGUAAGUGAGCUUCCCCAGAUCCACCGCAGCAAGAUCGUUUUAUUGAACGUUGCAAACUUGUACGUGGAGGCAGUGGAUAUCGUUACAGGAAAAUUCGAUGCGUCAGUCAGCCUUCGCUUCGUCCGAAGGUUUGAUGAUGAAACCGGCCCACCUCCACCUGAAGCCAACGAGGACAUUGCUCUAGAAAAGCUUCCUGACUUGCUUGCAGAGAUCUACGGUGUCACUCUGAACUGGGAUUUGCACCAAGCAUGCACUGUAGAGUACUCCUCCGCACGGCUUUUUGGAGGCCCUGGAGGACAGUGCGAUGUCACACUCCGCGGUACAUUCCAGGACACCAAUGAUUUGGAGUUCUUCCCCUUCGACAUUCAGGAUUUCAACGUCAUCUUUGAGGUGCGCUUUCUGGCGACUGUGCCGGACUUUCACUUGAUCUUGGUUGGGGACGUGAAUUCCCAGCAGACCAUGCCAGACUACACCUUCUACCAGCCACUUGCGAUGAUGUAUGCCAGGAAGUGGCCAUAUCGCAAAAUCUCGAUCACAACAUGUGCAUUGCGGAACUAUGGCCAUUAUCUAAUGAACUACUAUUUACAACUUUGCGUCCUGACAAGUGCAUUUCCGCUGGUGAGCGCGAUAGACCCGCAUGAGGGGACAGCAGACCGACUGAGCUUCCUCGUGACACUUAUCCUUGCUACUGCAGCGCUUCAGAUCACAAUGAACGCGAACCUGCCAUGCAUUCCAUAUGCAACGAUGCUGACAAGAUACACCACCACGUCGUUCACCGUCAUGUCCAUGUCCAUGUUCCUCUGCGUCUUGACUUCUCGAAUGCCGUGGUGGUGGGAUACAGCCACCUUCGGGGGCUUGUUUGUCUUCUGGAUAGGCUAUAAUGCGAACCACUUCCUCACUGCACGACGCAGCAUUUGGGAGGCCAGGCGAUUGUUGGGAAGCCCGGCUGAGACGAUAACAGUGGGGAGCAAAGAACUAGCGACUGCUGCAGCUAUGAUGGAUGCCUUGGACCCCCGAUUCGGAGCCCUGCUGCAGCUGCGGCAGAAGCGAAGCAGGGGGUGA